AUGCUGGUCUAUACCACUGCCCUGCUCGCUUCGGCGCUGCUCAGCAAUGCCCUCGGUGUCAACCAGAUCAAGAACGACCGAAAGGACGCCAAGGCUAUGCGAGCCAAGAUACAGAGCAGCCUCGUCACACGAGCUGAGAAGCAGAUGCCUCCCAUCUAUACCUUCAAGCAAAAAGUCAACCAUUUCCCCGAGGAUCCCGCCUACGCUUACAAAGAAGACCAUCACUUUGACCAACGCUUCAUCGUCGAUACGACGCAUUAUAAACCGGGAGGAUUCAUCAUCUUCAACGAUGCCGCCGAGUCUGAGCUCACCAGAGAGGUCAUCCAAGGCGAAUACUACUUCCUCACCCAGUUCUCGCUCACGCUCGCCAAGGAACUCAAUGCUGCCAUUGUCGCUGUGGAAAUGAGGGGCUACGGUGCAACCUUUCCCACUAAAGACUUGUCGACUGACAAUUUGCGACUAUACACCAUCGAGCAGACCCUGGCCGACAGCGCCUACUUUGCGGCCCAUGUGAAGAUCCCCGGACUGGAGCAUCUCGCUCCUGCGCCUCAUACGCCUUGGAUCUACUACGGCGGCUCGUACUCUGGCGCUACGACCGGCUUCAUCAUGAAGACAUACCCGCACAUCUUUUAUGGCGGUAUCGCAAGCUCUGGCGUAGUUCACGCGGAGAGCUACUAUGCAGGCUAUUAUGAGCAUUUGUACAAACAUGCCGAGCCUCAAGAAUGCAUGCAAAAGAUUGCAGCUCUUACCGAGCUGGUCGACGAGCUUGCUGAAAAGGCACCAGAGCAAAUGCCAGCCUUCAAGAAGCUUUUCGGAAUGGAGAGCAUCACGAAGCUGCCUGACUUCACCGGUGCAAUUGCAUGGCCGCUCGGCUUCUGGCAGUCCGUCAAGAGCGAGGGCCCCUCCAGUCGUACCUUUCCCGAGUUCUGUGGCAACAUCACCGACAAGCCCACGGCAAAAGAAGUCGAGCUCGACACAAUGUUCUCAAAGUAUACUUCCGGCAAGACAUGGCACGGUCUCGGCCUCUGGGUUCGCUUCAUCAACGCAUGGGCGCCAAACUUCUGCGAUGUCAAGGACUAUAACACCGGUGCUUGCUUCGCCAAUACAGACCGCAAAUUCAACCAGAACAUCACGAUCAGCGAGGACACAAUGCGCGCGUACAUGUAUGUCUCGUGUACAGAAUUCGGUGCUUUCCAAACCAACGCACCUGUCGGUCAGCCGACACUGAUCUCGCGCUCGAUCAACGAAGCAUACUGGGCAGAAUUCUGCGCCGAAAGUUUCCCGCCUGGCAAGAUCAACAGCAUUCCUGAAAAGGCGGAUGUUUCUCGAUGGAAUAAGUAUGGCGACUACGAGCUUUCUGCCGACCGUCUUGCCUUUAUCUCGGGAGCACGCGAUCCGUGGCGCGGUCUUUGCGUUCAGAGCGAGACAGCACCGCCCAGACCGAACACGCUCCUCCGCCCGAGCAUUCUCAUGCCUCAUGGCAUUCACUGCUGGGAUUACCGAUCCAACUCUGACGACUACCAUGAGGAGCCUGCAGAGUUGCAGACGACUCACGAGCAAAUUAUUACUGCCGUCCGAUCAUGGAUGAGAGACUUCAAGGAGUGGAAGCCAACGCCUCCUUCUGCUUGA